AUGAGCUCGUCGACGUCUCAAUUGCCGCCGACGUUGCCCGUGGCAAUUAAAAAGGAACUAAAGGAAGAAACGCCAUUGCCCGCCACUUGCGUCCCCGCAGCAGCUCUCAGUGGAAACAACAACAACAACAACAACAACAGCAUCAGCAGUAGUAAUGCCGCCACUGUUCCGCGCAAAGAUUCGAUUGGCUGGGGCGCCGACGAUUUCCUGGGCAUGAUCUCUCACACGCCCCCAGCCUUUUCGCCGGGUAGUUUGACCAUGCCAAUGACGAAACGAGGGCGUAGUGGGAGCGUUUCGAGUCGUCUCUUGAGUGCAACCGAGUUGGAAGAGCGUGGCUACAUUGACCGAUACCAAAAGGGUGUACUAAAGGAUCUUAUCAUCAGCGGAGACGAAGCACUGCAGAAAGCGUUGGAAAAAUUCGAUGCGGGCGAUCCAACGACACUGGAAGCCAUGUUGGACAGUGGCGCACUGAACCGGAAAUCCUCGUCGAUUGAUUUAUUGGAUGAUCUUGAUCUUGGGUUUUUAAAUGUUGGCUCGUUGGGUGACACCCCUAAAGACGAGUUUCCAUCGGGGGCAAGAAAUCAGUCACUAGACGAAUGGGACGAACUCGGGUUUGACUCGUCUUUUGCCGAUGUGUCAGCGCGUGAUAUUUUGGACGGAGAGUUCUAUAGUUCAUCGCUUGGUGCUUCUUUGCCCAACUCGUUGCCGUCCAUGGGUCUGGGCAUCACUCCGCCUGCAGGUUUUAGUUUUGCCGAAGACUUUUUGGACAAAAAGGUGAAAUCCGAGCCGGGAGUGAAAGUGGAAGGCAGAAGCACUGUUCCUGGCGGCAAGCCCACCGUGGCUACAUCUGGUGCUAGUACUACAACUGGCUCGUCGGCAGCGUCGUCGGCCGCAGUCGCAUCAUGUGCGUCCACAUCUCGUCCAAUUGGAAUUCCAGGAGCUGCUGGAUCCGGAAUCGCUCGAACGUUUGGUGGCAUUGAUCCCGCGAAAAGCAAAGACGGUCAAAAGCACAACUUCGUUGGCGCUUAUUCGCCCGAUUCUAGACGGAAACGAAUUGAAAAAUUCCUUGACAAGCGGCAAAAGCGCGUGUGGCGGAAAGAGGUCAAAUAUGAUGUGCGCAAAAACUUUGCCGACUCGCGACUGCGAGUGAAGGGUCGUUUUGUAAAGAAAGAGGAUGAGCAGCUGCUGCGCGAGUUGCUGAGUUUUACUUAG